UCUUCUACAGGAUUAUUUCCGCACAACUUACAAAUUUAUAAAUCUUUCCCCACAUGUGUUGAUUCCCAUGCAUGGUAGAGUCAACAUGUGGCCGAAACACAUACUUUGCGGAUACCUCAAAAACCGCAGAAAUAGAGAAUCUACAAUCUUGAAAGCUAUAAAAGGUGGAGGGAAAUCGUUAUUUGACAUUGUUGCAUAUACGUAUGCUGAUGUUGAUAGCAAUCUCUGGCUUCCUGCCGCAUCAAAUGUCAGACUCCAUGUGGAUCAUCUAGCUCAGCAGGAUAAAUUCCCAAAGGAAUUUUCCCUACAAAAGUUUCAGGCGACUUGCAAGCUACAUUUCCUGUCACGAUGGGCUUGGGCAUAUCUAUGUAAUGCUGUAUCCUCAAAAAAACUUCAUCUUCCAACAGCCAAGUUCUUAGGAGCUGGAGCUGUAGUUGCCAUAGCUUUAUUAUAUUGUUUACGAAAGAUAUUUUGUUCUAAGAAACUUGUUUAGUGAACAGGAAAAUGAAGAAUGUCAUUAAGUGGAGUCGGCAAAUUUAUAAUACAAGAAUAGAGUAUCUUCAUUGUAUUUUGUAUCAUCAGAAAAUUUGUGAUUAGAUUGAGUUUGACUUGGUUUUAUAUUGAAUAAAGCAAUGUAGUUAUAUUGCAAAA